ACAGUUUUACACAUGAUAUUGGUAGUCCGUCGUCCUGUUUUCGGGUUCAAACAACUUUACACUUAUUUCUUUACUAUGUUUCCUUUAUUAUUUUUUCUCUAUGGCAUGAAGGAAACAGACCUGCUUAUAAGGGGGCCCCCAUCCCCAUCGCUAAGGAGAAUCAGGGACAAGAAUAGUUAUUAGGAUCGCACAGUACCUACCCUUCCACAAUUUCGGAACCACUCGUUUUUUUCAACCAAGAGAAGAAGAAAACCCUUACCGACGUCAACCGUUGAACACCUGGACCCGACCCUAAAUCAUACCUGAUCAGCAGAUCACCAACGAAAUCCUUACUCGGCCUCCCCUUUGCCUCUCUCACUUCGCUUCAGCCAUAAGACCCCACCCCAUGACGCAAGAUUGAAUCCUCCGGACAAACAAACUCACACAGGGACAUAAUCGCAAUCAUGAGAAUCCUCUUGAUAGACGCCUACGACUCAUUUGCCCAGAACCUCGCCCAAUUGCUAACUUCUGCUACCGGAGCUACGGUUUACACUAUCCGCAUCGACGAUUUCGCCGACAUCUCGUUUCUAAAGCCGCACCUACCCUCCUUCCAUGCGGUGGUUAUAGGGCCCGGUCCAGGCUCGCCGGAGGUUGAGGCGGACAUUGGUGUCGUGAAUGAUGUUUGGAAGCUAUCUGGCGGGGAUGUUCUCCCCGUAUUUGGCGUUUGUCUGGGGUUACAGAGUCUUGUAUUCUCACACGGAGGGCGGGUGAACAGAUUGGGUACCGUGAAGCACGGCUUACUCAGCGAGAUCGUGCACACUGGGGAAGGGCUUUUCGAGGGAGUUGGCAAAGUCAAUGUUGUGAGGUACCAUUCUUUGCAUGGAAUCACUAAGAUUGGCGGGGAUGUGGAGGAGAUUGCUUGGGCAUAUGAUGAGAAUGGCAGAGUCGUUAUGGGUGUCAAACAUAUUUCUAAGCCUUUCUGGGGUGUGCAGUAUCAUCCUGAGUCGGUUUGUUCUGAGGAUGGAAGGGAUGUUGUCGGGAACUUUUGGAAAAUGGCGAUGGAUUGGAAUACCGGUCAGGGCAGGGUUGUGAAGGAAUUGAGAACGGAUUGGAGGGGGCAAUCAAGAGAGAAGGGUCUGUUGGAAUUGCAAACAACCUUGGAGGGCAGAAGGUUGGACGAUUGCCAGAAGGUGGAGGUUAGGACCGAGGAUAUUUUUGGGAAGGGGAUUUCCGCUGGCAGGAUUUGUGAGAUAUUGGGGGUUGAGGCAGCUAACGAGUUUAUCCUCUUGGAAUCUGCAGCUGCUCCGGGGAGGUUCAGCAUCAUUGGGGUAUUGACACCCGGUUUAACACAACGGAUUAAUUACACUUGUGGCGAUACCUUUCUGAAGUUAUCCUAUACCGGGCGUGACUCCUCGGAGACCAGGAUUGAUCUACGGACUUAUGGGGGGAGCAUAUGGAGAUUCCUGGCAAAGUACAUGGACCAGCGCAAGGCUGUUGGAGGCAAGGACCAUUCGCCCUUUUGGGGUGGGUUGGUUGGAUAUUUCAACUACGAGACUGGUGUCAACAGUCUUAAUAUUCCCAUCAAGCCGCGCAAAGAGGCCGAAGGAAUGAAGAGGAGACCUGACGUCAACUUGGCCUUUGUGGAGAGGAGUAUAGUCCUAGACGGACACACUGGAAGGGUUUAUAUACAAACUCUCCUCCCGCCCGCUGCGGAUGGGAAUUGGUUAGAGUCUACAAAGAGACAGCUUCAACCGGAAGCCGACAUGGCAAUCACACCUUCUGCUACUCCUCCACCAGAGCCCUCCCCGGAAUGUCAUCGCUCAUUUCUUGAGACGUCUCACCCGAAACCAUCGCCAGUCAUAUACAAACCGGACGCUGAGAGAUACAUGCAGAAAGUCAGGACUUGUCAAUCUUAUCUUUCGGCCGGUGACUCCUACGAGCUCUGCUUAACUGCCACUACUAAAAUUCAUCUCGAGCCCACAAGCCCUUGGGCGCUCUACCGACACCUAUGCGCUCGCAACCCCGCUCCUUACGCGUCGUACUUCCGCCUCUCAAACGUUACUCUCCUCUCCUCGUCCCCCGAGCGUUUCCUCUCUUGGUCCCGCACCGGGGCUUGCCGACUUUGUCCCAUUAAAGGCACUGUGAGGAAGACCCCCACAACAACCUACAGCUCGGCCAGCCUUCAACUGAACACACCCAAGGAGCGUGCAGAGAAUCUGAUGAUCGUGGACCUCAUUCGUCACGACCUUCACCGCCUUGCAACAAACGUCUCUGUGGAGAAACUAAUGGUCGUAGAAGAAUACGCUUCUGUUUACCAACUCGUCUCCGUUAUCACCGGAUCUGUGGAGCCCCAAGACAACAUGACAGGAUUCGACGUGCUUGCCCGUAGCCUGCCGCCAGGAAGCAUGACCGGCGCGCCGAAGAAACGUAGCGUGGAAAUCUUGCAGGAGAUUGAGGAGACGGAGAGAGGGGUUUACAGUGGCGUCUUGGGCUACUGGAGUGUUUGUGGUGCUGGCGACUGGAACGUGAUUAUUCGUUCCGCGUUUAGGUACGACGAUGAAGUUGUCACCAUGGAGGAUGGGGGUGAGAAGGAAGUUUGGAGGAUUGGAGCUGGUGGCGCAGUUACGGCUUUGAGUGGACCUAGGGAGGAGUGGGAGGAGAUGGAGGUUAAGCUUGGUGAGCCCUGCUCUCUCUUUUGUUGAAAAGUUGGAGUGAGGCUAAUUGUUGCAGAUUCGACUUUGAGAGCUUUCGUGGAUGACUUGCGAAGUGAGGCUUGACGGCUAGCGCUAUGUAUAUUCGGAGCCGGGCAGGGUGCAAACCGUGAGGUUUCUUGAUCUUUUUCACAGAUUUUUCUGCCUUUCCCAUCUGAAUUUCAUUUCUGCUACAUAUACUUUUGGAUUCCUAAUUUUCGCUUUCUUCCCCUAUUUUGUUUAUACUCGUCGGCGUGCUGUUUGACUGGCCGAUCGUUCGUGGUAGGGCGGGUUGGUUUCUCUUUUUUUUGUCUUUUUGCGUCACUGUUGGAUUAAGGAUUCUAGGCAUGGUGGUUAUAGUAUAAUAGAAAGUUUGCGCAGACAGA